AUGGCCUUCGCCUGCGUCAGCAACAUUGGCAUGUCGCUGGACAACUUCCCCGCCCCAUCCUACCCCAUCUACAGCAAGCUCAGCCCCACUCGUCUCUCUUUCACUCUUGACGACGACUACUCCAAGUCCUCUGCUGCCGCAUUCCGGAGGCUGCCCCUGCCGCCGCCUCAGCAGCAGGUGGAGGACACCAGCCUUGCCAAGCCACCUCAAGUAGAUCAGCUGAUGAAUGCAAAUGCGGAUCCGGAUCCAGAGCCGUCCGGCGGGGACUUCGAGUUCUGCCUCGAAGAUCCGGUGGCAAUGCUGCUUGCUAAUGAGCUCUUCUCCGACGGGAAACUCGUGCCGCUCCAGGUGUCAGUGCUGAAGCCCGCUAUUAGGGUCGUGGCCUCGACGAAGGUCAGCUUACCGGACCUAGCGGAGCGGCGUUGGAGUAGCGAUAUGUCCGCUGUGGAUCUCUACCUCUCCUCUCCUAAAGCUUCGAGGUGUUCCAACCGAGGCUCCAAGGCCUUGAGCUCCUUGGAUUCUUCCCUCAACAUGCCCCUCCUCAAGGACUUGGAUUCCGAUUCCGUCAUGAUCUCCUCCCACCUAUCACUGUCCUCUUCAUCUUCCAGAGGCCACGAGCACGAAGAAGUGUUCUGA